AUGGAAGAGCCAACAAAAUCAGAUAUUGACGCAAUCUUCAAACGAUUGAAAACGAUCCCAGCAAAUAAAGUUUGUUUUGAUUGCGAAGCAAAGAAUCCGACAUGGGCAUCCAUCACAUACGGUGUAUUUCUUUGUAUCGAUUGUUCAGCAAGACAUCGCGGGCUUGGUGUGCAUUUAUCAUUCAUUCGUUCGACCAAUCUUGAUACAAGUUGGGUUUGGCUUCAACUUCGGGCUAUGCAAGUCGGUGGCAAUGCAAAUGCUGAAGCAUUCUUUCAACAGCAUGGCUGUCAAACAAAAGAUAUUCAACAGAAAUACAAUAGUCGAGCUGCACAACUUUACCGUGAGAAACUUCAUCAAUUAGCAACAAAAGCAAUGAAACAAUAUGGAACUAAACUUUUUCUUGAUGAUGGGAACAAAAAUGAACGUCGCCAGUCGGUCAGUGAAAAGAAAGAUGAAGAUUUCUUUCGUGAACAUUCUCAAACGUCGACUAGACCAGGUUGGGAAGAGAAUGUCAGUACAUCUUUACAUUCAAGUGAUCAAAAUCUUGAUAAAACUGAACAACAAGCUGAAGGACCUUCAGUUGAUCCCAAUGCAUUUAAUAACGAUGGAUCGGCAAAGACGCUCGAUCCAAAAAAGUCUACUAUUGGUCAGCGUCGUGCACCAGCAACUAAAAAGAAGGGCUUCGGCGCACAAAGAGUUUCGACUGACUUCAAAGAAAUUGAACGUAAUGUUCAAGAACAAGAAAAAUAUCGGGAAGAACAUGCUCAACUAGAGAUAAAAAAUCGCGAAGAACACGAAAAACAAAUGGAAAAGCAAAUGGCGAAUCUGAAAUUUGCAUAUCAAGAUAUGAAUAAACAACGUGAAAUAGAAGAAGCGAAGUUGAAACAAUCAAAUCCAAAGAAAGCCGAGCAAAUGGAACGUCUUGGGAUGGGUUUUGGCGCUCGAAGUGGCGUUAGCCAUAGUGCGAUGACAGAUAUGCAAACGAUUCAACAAGAAGGCGUCACAACAACCAGAAAUGUGUCAUUGGCAUCAAGAAAUCGCGAUUUUUUCGAUGAUUUCGAACCGGCUGGCUUUAGCAGUCGAUCGAAUAAUGAUAGACGAUUAUCGGAAGAUAAUGAUGAGAAUCCGUCAAAAUUAGAUGAUGAUUUCUUCAAACCAAAAUCCUCUGCGAAACCUAUGGAUUCAUUCAGUGCUGAUUGGGAAGUUAUUGAUCAAAAAUCAACGAACAAAGAUUACGGAUCAAGUGGAAGUAACAAAUCUUCGUCGUCAAAUUAUAACAGUUCAACGGCUAACAGUGGUGCUUACGGAUCGUCUUCUAAAUCAUCAACGUCUUACAAUGCAGCAUCUGCAGGCGAUACUCAAAAGCGUUUUUCUAAUGCCAAAGCCAUAUCAAGUGAUCAAUUCUUUAACAGAGAUUCGGAUAAUGACCGGUCGAACGUUAGCACGCGCUUUCAAGGAAAUACGAGUAUUUCCAGUGAAGAAUACUUCGAUAAUCCUAAUCGAAAGCCGAAUUCAUCAGGUUAUCAGGGAAUCGAUAUAGCAACGAUGACAGCAGAUUUCAAAGAUGGCGUCUCGAAAGCAGCUGGAAAGUUGUCAUCAUUUGCGAAGAAAUUCGAAGUUAUCUGCAAUGCCAAAACUGUCUGCACGGUCAAAGCAUCGCCUUCGAAAGAAAACAAAGAUCAAUUCAAAAUCAAAAUAACAAAACCUCUAUCGAAACGCUUCUCACCCGAAUCCUGUUCUGUGGAAUCCGAUCCGUCAAAUUCCAAACAUUACUUGAUAUACACGAACGAUGUCAAUACUGACGAGAAAGUUCUUUUCGGUGAAUUAUUCUACGAACUAUGCAGUUACAAUAACUAUCUUUACACGAUUAUCAUCGGACGAAAAUUGUAUAAAGUUAGAAGUAGUGAUUUAAAAGAUCGUCGACUGGCAAUCAUCGACACGAUAGAACCUAGUAAUUCGUCCAGUAAUUAUCAAUAUCCAGCAUUACAAUGCCCCGAAACAUUAUUUCAAGUCAUCGAUUCAUUUUCCAAAUCGAAUUCAACUUAUCAUGUGACGAUUAAUGAUCAAGAGAAACAAUUCGGUUAUCUUGCUAUAGUUAUCCUCAUCGAUCUACAUGAACGUAAUCGUGCUUGA